GCUGACUCCAGCCUCGCCUCCCCGCCGCGCUCCCCCAAAGUGGCUGCGCGCCGGCCGCCCACUUUCCAGGGUUCCGGGGACCGAGAAAGUGAUGUGAGCCUCCAGACGUCGGGACUCGCCCGCGUCGCCUCGUGAACUUUCUUCCCCACCCCCGUCUCCCCCCGCACCCCCCUUCCCACCCAAUCUCCCCACCUCCGACCCCACGCUUUCCACGCUCAGUCGUGACUGACCCGGUCCCCACUCUUGGGGCUCGCGCGCUGGAAGGAGCGGGGUCACCGGCUGUCUGGGAUGGCAUCCAAUUUUAAUGACAUAGUCAAGCAAGGGUACGUGAGGAUCCGGAGCAGACGCCUAGGGAUUUAUCAGCGAUGCUGGCUGGUGUUCAAGAAAGCUUCAAGUAAGGGGCCAAAAAGACUGGAGAAGUUUUCUGAUGAGCGGGCUGCCUAUUUCAGGUGUUAUCAUAAGGUCACAGAGCUCAACAAUGUGAAAAACGUAGCUCGGUUGCCCAAGAGCACAAAAAAGCAUGCUGUUGGGAUCUAUUUCAAUGAUGACACCUCCAAGACCUUUGCGUGUGAAUCAGAUCUUGAGGCAGACGAAUGGUGCAAAGUUCUCCAGGUAGAGUGUGUGGGCACCAGAAUCAAUGACAUCAGCCUCGGAGAGCCUGACUUACUGGCAACUGGGGUGGAAAGAGAGCAGAAUGAGAGAUUCAAUGUCUAUUUGAUGCCAUCUCCUAACUUAGAUGUACAUGGCGAAUGUGCCUUGCAGAUUACAUAUGAGUACAUCUGUCUCUGGGACAUCCAGAAUCCCAGAGUCAAGCUCGUCUCGUGGCCGCUAAGCGCCCUGCGGCGGUACGGACGCGACACCACCUGGUUCACUUUUGAGGCAGGGAGGAUGUGUGAGACUGGUGAGGGACUAUUUAUCUUUCAGACGCGAGACGGUGAGGCCAUCUACCAGAAGGUCCACUCUGCGGCCCUGGCCAUCGCCGAGCAGCAUGACCGCUUGUUGCAGAGUGUGAAGAAUUCAGUGCUCCAGAUGAAGAUGAGUGAGCGGGCGGCAUCCCUGAGCACCGUGGUGCCCCUGCCCCGCAGUGCCUACUGGCAGCACAUCACGCGGCAGCGCAGCACGGGACAGCUCUACCGCAUCCGAGAUGUCACCAGUCCUCUGAAGCUCCAUCGAACAGAGACUUUUCCCACCUACCGGUCGGAACACUGACAACAACUUCCAGGAAGCUUAGAACGCGUGCGUGCAAUGCGUCAGCCACAGAGCCACACCUGGAGGUCCCAGACUGACAGCGAGGGAGACCCCUGCACACCACACCGGGUGAAGCGUCCUCACAUCCUGCUGAUGGUGGUCAUGGGAGCGGCUGCAAUACCACAUAUCUAUUUUUUCCUUUUUUUUUUUUUUAAUGAAGUCUUAGCCGAGUUGACACAUGCUGUGUAGAUAUUGACUCCUGUCCCCUUCUUUUUACAGCUGGACAGAAAGGGUCAAUGUCUGCCUCAGGUCGGUUUUCUACUGUAGACAUGGUGCCCCUGGGCUUCUCUGGGUCUGUCCUGUUGUGGAGCUGUGUGAUUCUUUCCUUACGAGUGUAUCAGUUUUGUGACAGUCAGAAUUGACAAUAAAAUGGCUAUUAAUUACUUA